AUGGCCUUUCAAAUGCAACUUUCAAAUGUAGUUUUAAAAAAUUUGUUCACGGCUGGUUUACGACCUGAGGUAAAGGAUCGCGCUCUUAAGCAUCCUGAUUGGUUCAAAUGCUCGACUAUUGAAGAACGGCAGGCGGUUGCAAUGAUGGCUUCUGAGCAAAUUAUGCACGUCAGCGCAAAUAAUCAUUUGCUUGUUCAAUCUCAUUCGGCACAUCGAGCUAUCGCAAUGCCUCCGGCGGUUCAAGUUCCUCGCGACCCGAACGCAAUGGAUGUUGAUGUAAAUGCAGUCGCCUCUAAACAUCCUUUUCCUCCUCUGCCAGUUGGUGUUUCUUUUGGCUCUUUUGUGAAAUUCUGUCAUAAUCGGAAAAUGUGUCAUUGUUGUCUUAAACCUUAUGAUUCCACGCAUAAAGGUCCUGAUGGUAAAGGCAUUGGAUGUCCAAAUUUGCCACCUCGUACUACUCAAGAGAUCGAAAUGUUUAUGCAAAAACAUCGAGCUCCAGCUUCAAAUCCUCAUUCUUCUCAGACUAUGGUUGCGGCGGUGGAUUCUUCUCCUCAAACUGUUCGAUCUCAGGCUCAGCGUCCACCGGUUCAAUUUAUGAUUCCAAAUCUGACCAAUGUACCGGAUGUACAAGCUGGAUUUCGGCAAGUUCCGACGGGUUAUCAGUUGCCACCUCACUUACCGCUUUAUCACCCUUACCAAUUCGCAUUGACGUCGCAAUUUCAUCAUCCUCUGCAACAUCCGGGAUUACCUGCAGCUAUGGGUAUUCCAGCGGCGGUGGGGAUAACGGACCCGGUUCAACAAGUUUUGGCAUUAUUCUCCGAAUACCAAAAUAUCGACCAACCUACUUAUUAUGAUCAUUCAGGAACUAAUCAAUUAGAUCACACCCCAAUGUUCGAUCCAACGGACGAUGGCGAAGGUUUCAGCAAUAAAUUUUAA